AAAACGAAAACAGUUCUAACGUACGUUUGCGUCUGGAUGUGCACGUUGUUUUGUAAAUUCAUUACAUAAAUACAGAAGAAGUACAUCGAAGAUGUACGCCCUGCUCCGCCGAUUUGCCGGGGUCACCAACAAUGGCUGUCCCUUGAGGAGCUAUGCAUCCUUCACGCCUAGGGAUGUGAUGCGGAGCACCGCCGAAGAGACCGGCACCCUGCUCACCCGCUUUGCGAAACACAUUGCGCUGGAGCGGCACAGGGAUCCGGAACACGUGCUGCCCAAGACGACGGUUCGUUACGCCGACUUUUUCCCCAUCACGGACGAUCGGUACUUCCAGCGGACCGUACAAAAGACAGAUGCGGCCCAACUGCCCGCCCUGAUCAUUCAGGCCUCCAGCUAUCGCUCCAAUGCGGCGGUGCCCAUGUAUGUGGCCGCCCUGAACGCAUUGGAUAACCAUGCAGCCAACCAGCUGGACAAGAUGGAGACCAGCACGGUGCUGGAGACGCUGUACUCCUUUCUGUUUCUCAUGCCCAGCUGGUUAAAGCGAACGGAUUUCUAUCACGCAGCCGUGCAACGAUUGGCCAAGGAGGAUUUCCGGACCAACAAAGAGCGAUUCGUCCAGGUGUGCUUCUAUCUGGGCCUGCAGAAGAAGCAGGCAAAAUCUUCAGAGGACUUUCAGCAGCUGCUGGAGGAGCAGCUACCAACUCAUUUGUCCGCCUUAAGCGAACUGGAUCUCGCCGUGAUCAGCAAUGCGGCCUACAAAACCUCCACAUUGGUGACGGGCGAGGCUAGAAGUUCUUAUGAAUCAUCCCUCAUUAAUGCCACUUUGAAUCUGCAACUCAAUGACGGAGGCGACGCCUUGCUGGUCUCCUAUGUCAAGGCUUUGCGGCUGCAGCGGGUCAAAGACGAGCGAGUUUGCCAGCACUUGCAGGAUAUCUGUCUGGAUCCUGCGAAGAUAGCCCUCAUUGAGCCCCGGGGAUUGGCCCACAUCUUUGCAUUCUUUGCCGAGCAGCUCUGGGACCAGAAGGAGUGCCUGACCGUCGUUGUAGACCGACUGAUGACUCUACUGAAGCCCGGAGACUUGCGUGCCAAGGACUUGGCCACAUUCCUGUGGGCCAGUGCCCAACUCAAUUGUGAAUUAACACCGCAGCAAGUCAGGCAACUCGAGGUAGCUGCCCUUCGAAAAUUGGAUAAUGGGGAAUAUGAUUAUUUCCCGGACAACCUUGUAGAUACCUGCCUCUCUUUUUGCACUUUGGGACACUACUCCAAAGAUCUGAUUAAUGCAGCCGAAGAACUUAAGGCCGCCCAAAGACGACAGAGAGCCCAGCCGAAGGUUGAUAGUCGCUUAAACGUCCUGCGAUCCGCUGUAGCUAUCGAGCAACAAUCAAUAGGAAAUCUAAAGACGGAACAAGCUUUUAAGGAGUUCAAUCCCGCUCCAGCUUAUUUGCUGAGGGAUCGACCAGACUUAACAAAAUAUGCGCAGGAGCUAAGUGGAGACUCUGAAGUGGAAGGCGUGGAUUUGGUCUGUCCCAUCACUGCGAUAAAUCUGCCGAGCUUGCGAGUUCAGACAAUGGGCGACCAAGAAAGUGUGUAUUUCGUAGAACUGCUCACUGCGGAACAAACCCUUAAGUUCAGCAAGAAACCCACAUCAUUAAUGCGUCUUAAGAAGAGGCUGCUGGAAUCCCUUGGCCGAAAGGUAGUAGUGCUAAACUCCACCGAAAUGGCCACAAAUGCGAAAGAACUGCACCAGCUCUUAAAGCCAGACGCAGGUAGACGAGAAGAGUCCGAGGUUGCCCAAGGGCUGUUCAACUGAACCGUGUGAUAUAGGCUAGUUACAAGUCGUAGCUUUAUUUAACAGUGUUUUAUGUACUUGUACAUAUUAUUUUAAUAUUAAUAGCACUAAACAUAAUGUUCAACAAUUAA